UUCACACUCCCUUUUUUGAAUCAAAGACAAAAAACCCGAGUUGGAAUGUACAGUGGAACAGUGCACAACUUCAAGAGCAGCUCCUAGGCAGUAAGCACGUGAGAUUUCAAGGCAAACAACAAUGAAAACUGAUGACAAAACUGGAAUCAUGAUGGAAAACUUAUGAGAAACAGGCCGGUCUGCAGUUCGGGAUGAAACAGUGAGUUUGAUUCUUUGCUGUGUUUUCCCUAGUUCAUCUGGAUUUUUAAUAAAAAAUAAAGCCAAAGAGAAAGGAUGGGCUGCACACCUUCUCACAGUGAGAUUGCUAAUACUAUUGCAAGAAGUGGUCUUAAGGCUUUGAAUAAACCCAGAAGUAUUUUGCGUAUUGAUCCAGGAGAUAAAGGAAUUCCUCUGCUAGUUAAAGGUUCAUCUUGCUACAAUACUGAUGAAUUCCACCAAUAUGGGAUCCAGGGGAAUGACUAUCUGCGAGAAAAGGAGGACAAACUAUCAGAACAGGACAAGAGUGAUAAUUUUCAGUUAUCUUCCCAGGCUCAUUCAGAUCCCCAGAUUUCCAGGGAAGACAAGAGAAUUGAGAGGACAGCCACAGAUGCUGAAAUCGUUAUGUCUGAACUGAUUGAGUCUCAAAAACACAUCACUGAGGCCAUACAGAUCAGAAAGCAAAGCUCUUGUGAAUCAGAAGCAUCCGCUUUCAUUUGGGAUGACAAGAAUGAAAGCAAUGCAAAGCAAAUCCCAAAGAAAGGAAAGAAGCAAAAACCCCAUAAGCUGGCAAAGCAACAUCGACCUAGCAAAAUUAAAGAAAAGUCCAUUUUGGCCCUGUGCGAGACAGAGAAAAAAGUAGAUUUCCCAGAACUGCUGGUUAAGGCUCAUCAGAGUGCAUAUGCCUACUUAAAUCCCAACCUCUCCAAGUAUGAAACUAUAAUUCACAUGGCCACCGAGGCUACCCAAACUCAGCUCUUCCUACAGCAGAUGGUAAGCUUUCUCGUGCUUCGCUUCGAUGAAAUCAACCAGCUCUUGGAAGAAAUUGCUAAUGAUGGGGAAAAUCUUCUCAAAGAUGUAGGUGGGAAUCUGGCAUGGCCAGCAGAAAAAGGUGAUUUGAAGGAGCACCCUGAUCUUCUGCAACAACUACUGCAGUACACGGUCAAUAAAAUGCAGUUGCUGAGCGGGACGCUGGCCUCCCUCACCUCAGAUGCCCUGCAGGAGACAUGCAGCUACCUGCGGUCUGCUGCAAGUAACUUGGAAGGAAAACUGAAAGCAAAGCAGUGCUUCGAUGAGCACCUGCUACGGACAGUAAGGCUGCUCGAAGCCUCAACAGUGGGAUCCUCUCAGUCCCAUGGUGAUGACAGGACUCUGUAUUCUGAGGACAGUGGCAUUGGCGUGGACAAUGAGUCCCUCAAAGAGUUCAGUGCUCUCAGCCAGCACGGAGGACAAGCAAGCUGCGAUUCCUGUGGGCAUGGACAUCUGUCCCAGGAGCACACCAGAAAAGCGGAGCACAUGCGUGAUGGGAAAGUGUCACCAGGCACAGCUGCAUCCCAUGACUGUGCACUUGAAAGACAUUUUAAAGAUAUAUUUUAUUCACCUGUGCGGAGUAGGGAAGGGACUUCUGGUCAGGGUGGAGUACCAGAAGGCAUUUCUACCAUACACCAAUAUGCAAGCUUGAGCAAAAGUCAUUUCCAUAACUCCUUCCACUCUGACUCUACUCAGAAAGGUGAACAUUUCAAAAUCUGUGAAUCAACAGAUUUUCCUUCUGAUGAUGAUGUUGACGACGAUGAAGAGAGCACCCUGGAGGAAGAUGACGACAAUACAAGUUUGUCAGAAAUGGGGAAGGAUGCUCUGCCAAGGAGGUCCCUGUCUUUGCCUACAGUCACUGAUAACACACAGAGGCAGUCCAUCAAGAGGACGGAGAACACAGAGACAGAGGAAAUUAUUAUGAAGAUGAAAGAUGCCAUCAGUGAAAAAAUCAAGUUCGUCCCAGCUAAAUCCAGGCGUAAAGAAUGGAUAGAGGAUGAGAGCGGAAAAGAGGUCCUGGCAACAAGGCCCAGUACAGCAACGGGCAGCCAGAAAACCUUCAGGAAACAACAACGGUCCAGGUCAGAGGAGUCUCUCAGAAGCCAGGCAGAGGACCCGACCCUCCUAGAGCUUCAGAGAACUCAAAAAGAGCUCAGCAAGAGGCUGGAAAUGUUUUAUGGAAAGGAUACAGAUAACAAUGUGGAACCUUGGAAAUCAAGAACAGCACCUUAUUUGCAGGAUGAGCAAUUUACAUCUAGGUCCUCUAGCAAACUGAAGGCGUGCCUCUCAAAAAAUUUCAGCAUCCUGCCUAACCAGGAUAAAGUCCCUUCGUUCAUGGUUGAUCAAAACCCUGCCCAUCAACUGGAUGAAAAAAAGGGCAGGAAACCUUUAAGAGCUACUAAGCCCACCCAGGAGACAUCAGGAGGAAAAGAAAAGGAGCCUCCUGGAGCACAAAUGCUCAAUGGCAGCAGCUGUGUCUCCCGACAGUCUGUCAAAAAGCUUAUUGAAACAUUCAGUCCUGCUGAUGGUCUUGUAAAAGCCUCACCUUCAGGAUCUUUAGGACCAAUAAAGUGCAUCAGAAAAAUUGGGCUUCCAGUCAUCCCACCCACCAUUCCCUUUCAGGGAGGCCUGGCACCUUUAAAUCUUAAGCAUCGUAUUUCACCAGUAGAAGACACAAACCCUUCAAACACCAGUGGAGUUUCUUCUAGCUUUCCACAUGCCUUUCCUCCUGCACCAGCUGCAGAAUUAAGCAAGAAAGACACAAAAGAAGAGACUGAUGAAGACAUUGAGAACCUGCCACCACCACCACCUGAAAUGUUAACGGACACUUCUUUAGACUUUUCUGAGUGUGAAGAAACUGCAAGAAUAGAGGGAAACUCUUCAGAAGAUGCCAAAAAGCCUCCCAAAACAGAAUUUCGUGCUACUAAGAGAUCACAAGUUUCCCCAAAAAUGAAAGCCUCCCUUCAGUCCAUUGACUUGUUGCCAAGUAAAAAUAUCAGCGGCCCCAGUGUCAUUUCUAAUAAAGGUGUAAGAAAUACUGGAGCAGGGGAUGAGAAACUGCAGAGGUACCCUCGGGAGCUGAACCCUACCAACGUGCAUGUCCCUAGCCCGGAGGAGAUACUGGCAACCCAGAGAAAAGAGGCUGAGGAUUUGUACAAGCAAACCCAUAAAAUUAUUCCUCUUCAAAAUCCCAGUGGGGUUUCAAUCCCACACAGCAACAGCUCAGAGAGCAAAGAGCCCAAUUCACCUCCAACUUCAGUGCAAUACCAGAAGCACGGUUCUGCCGAUUCGCUCAGGAGAAACAAAAAAGGCUCAGUGUUUGCCAGGAGGGUCUCCCCAACAAGAACUCCUCCUUCCUCUCCACUAACUGAGAAGCGGCUUUUCAACCCCCCAACACACAACAGACACUCUCUGCAGGCUUUUAGCAGCCCACAAACGAGCUCACCCACCAUGCAGAGGAAACCCAGUCCCCCGUCUAGCCCCAGGGUGCCCAGCCCACCCUCACAGAAGAAGCUGCCCUCUCCACCACCUCAGCGAAAUCCACUCAGCCCUCCCAUGGGGCACAAGCAAAGCUCGCCAACACCACGCCGGUUGCUGGGCUCCCCAGCCUACCGUCAAGAUGCCAGCCCCCCUCCAUUCCCCACUGCCCCCUCCCCACCAGCCUCCCCAUCCUGCUCCUACAAGGGGCUGAGAGCUGGGCUGGAGGCUGGGGACGAGCACCAGCUCUCCUCCUCCAAGAGGACCAGCAAUGUCCAUUCAAUAUUCUGCCCAGCCACCUCUUCCUUAUUUGAAGCCAGACCUCCAGCGGUACCCACCAAACCCACUGCAGAGGUGGCCAGCCAGCCUGAAGCUUCACCACUUUCCCAAAAGAGCAGUCUGUUUUUCCAGCAACCUCAAGACCGGACCAGAAAGCUCUCCCUGAGUGCUGCCAAUCCUCAGCCAUUCGUGAGGAGAAGUUUCUCUGACCGACGACCAGGGGUCCAGUUUCGUCUCCCAGCUCCCGUAAUGACUGGCAGCGAACCCGCGCUUCACCAAGCAAGCUGGGAGGAGAGCCCUAGAAAAGCAAGCGACACUUGGAACAACAGCCCUUGUGUUCCUGAAAUCAAGGAGUCCAACAGAUCCGCUUCCCACCCCGAACUCUACGUCGUGGGCCAGGGGCUGCAGAGGGAGUAACAGCAGAAGCACCCACGAAGGCAGAGGCAUGAGCAAGGCCAGAGGCCCUGGAGGGAGGAAGCACCUUUCCCAGGCCUCCAAAAGGUGGCUUUGUGUUUUUCUCGCAAGGAAACAACACAACAGGAUUGCAUCUGAAAACACAGACUGGCCCCAAAAAGCUAACAAAAUAUCAGCAGAGCGGUACCCAGCUGUUUCUCCUUCGGACUGCAUUUCAUGGUUUAACUCAAAGAUCUACACUGAGCAAAAGAAAUGCUUUGGAACUGGGCAUGUCCGAGGCAAAUUGGUUUGAAAAGACAGGACCUGUAUCCAAGUCCUUUGUUUCCCUGUUUAGAUAGAGGAGUUCAAAAACUAUCAGAAAUUAUCACUAUUUGACAUGUUAUUCAUUCAGGAGGCAUCACAGUUUCAGUUAUGUAAAAAGUGGCUGCUGUGACAUUUCCAGGGGGGGAGGUAAAAUCCUGAAUUAAUUGAGUUUUAUUGGAAAAACAUCAAUGGCUUCAGCAAAGCCACAUCUUUACACUAGGUAUUUAUCAAUAAAUUCCCUCUCAAUCAGAGAGGGAAUAAGGUCAAACACAAAUUAAAACAAAAUAACCCCUUUUAAAGGAAUAAAAUUAGGGAUCUUACUCCCUCAGAAAGGCUUUGAUCUUCUAAAUCACCUUUGAUUAUCACAUAAUCUCAUCACCUCUAGCUUCCAGGGUACAAGGCUUAAUCCUGAUUAGAGUAGUUUUGUAAUAGCCCAAUCAAACAACAUUGUAAAUCCUGAAGCACCUAAGGACAUGUAUUUUUUUUUUUUUAAAAGAAGAGAAUGUUACCAUAGAGAAUCCUGUUUAUAUUUUUUCUGAUAUAUGCAGUUUGAGGGGAUUUAUUGUAAUUUCACUGAAAAUUCUAGACAGAUUCUUGUAACAAAAACAUGAGUUAUUUACAGUCAAUUAAUCCUAGGCUUUUACAGCACCCACUGGAAUACAGCUUGAGAAUUUACUGGAUCUUGCUCAUCUAACUAAUUUAUCAUCACAAUUGAGAUGCAACUUCUAAUUAAUGCAAUUUUAAUUAAUUUGAUUUUAUGUGUUUUCACAUACAACUUCAGCACAGAACAAGAUCCAGGAAAAAAACAAGCAAACUAUUUGUAGUCCUAUUUUGAUAGGAACAGUUUUAAUUUUUCCUACAGUUUUCACAGUGGUGGUAUCUGGGCACUUCACCUUCACACAGAGUUUUUGACCCUUCCUCCCCACCUUCAUGACAUGGGAACUAAGGCUCAUUUUAUGCUGUACAAGGGACGCCUUUGGAUACUGAACUCCUGAGAUUUAGCCUAGUGCCUUAAUCACAACCAUCCUUCAAUAAAUUCUGUGCCAUUUUACACCACAGACACAAGGAAACCUUAAUUGUUAAGUUUAAGGUGGGUUUGAAUAUAAAGAAUAUAUAAAGAAACUCAGUGAAUAGAUGCUGUGGACUGUCAGGGGUUCGUGAGCUUGAGGUGGCAAAGCAGCCAUAGCCACAGUGAGCAGCCAGGAGAUGUCAACAGAGCCACCUUGUAACCACACAGGCAGAUGCACCGUCCCCUAUCAAGUUGGAAAAUCACCAGGGAGAUACUGCAAAGAUCAUCAGCAGGGCAAACUCUGCAGGCCAUCUUCCCCCUCAUCAGAAGUGUAGUUCUCUCCCUACUGCAUAAAAAUACAAAUACAUUUCUGCAUGUGUUUUGGGUUUGUCUGUUCUGCUGGCAGUAACCACCCAGAACGGAAACAAACCAGAAAUCUGGCAGCAGAAAACCUGCACUUUGUGUGCCUUAAUGUAGCUUUGAAGAUGAAAACGUAAGAGUGGGAGGACAGCUUCUGCUCAGCUACUACAAUCCUUUUAUCUCUUUAUGGUUUCAUGCUGAAAUUCCCAGCACCCAUGAUGAGUGAUAAGAGAAAGCAUUUAUUUAUAUCCCCCAAGCACCAAACUCUGUGGUGCAAGAGCUACAGUAGCACGUGGAACAACACUCAGCAAUCAAGAUGGAAGCCUACUCACAUGUGUGUUAGCUGGACAUGGAGUCAGCCAAAGCAUCUUUCCUCAAAAACCAGACUCCCCUGAAGAUGUGGAACACGAGCUGGCACCCUGCCACAGCAUCUCUCCCUGCUUUGACUAAGGCCCUGGUCAUCAGGAACCUCAUUGCAAACACAACCCCACCUGCAGCUGCUGAAGGACUCUGAUGCUGCAGCAAACUGAGCCUUGUAUUCAAGAAACAGAGCGUCUCCAGGAGUGACUACAAGUUUGUAAUGUGGACUCAUGACUACAUAUAGCUAACAUUCUCUUUGGUACAGUUAAUGUACAGGACUCUUGCAAAUAAGGUGUCUACCUUCAAUUUGUAUUGCAAGCAUGAGAUUAACUAUAGUAUGCGGGAAAUUAUAGUUUGGCUCACCACUUUUUUUUUUAACAAGUUUUUUGGAUAAAACUUCCACUUUCAUUAAUACAACUGUUUUAUAAGACUGUACUCAACUUUAAGAUUUAUUUUUUAUUCAUGUAAAUAAAUCACAGGUUUUAUAUGC